AUGGUUCCAAGACAAGAGCAACACGCUCGACCACCACCUGCACCACGCUUAUGGUCGCGUCUUUCGACUCUGUCAAAACGCUCUUUUCGCUCCUUCACCUCCGACUUUGAGGCCGAUGACGAACGUUCCGAUACAGACUCCGACUUCGACAGAAUGAGUGGCAGCAGUAGUGACGGCUUCCUUCACGGCCCAGGUCGUUACAAAGGCGAAGAUACUCGACCCACGAGCCAGAAAGAGCUGUCUGGUUGGUAUGCCUACGCCUUUGCUGCCGAAACCUAUGUUAUCUGUGGUUCCUUCAUCCCGAUCCUCCUCGAGACCCUUGCCCGCGAAAAUGGCGUCCUACUGUCUGAUCGAACCACCCCGUGUGGUACGAGCGAUUCGAAAAACAGAACUGAUGGACAAUGCGUCGUGUAUCCUCUGGGUAUCGAGAUCAACACGGCGAGUUUCGCCAUGUAUACGUUCUCCAUCAGCGUCCUGCUGCAGGUCCUCCUCGUUGUGAGCGUCAGCAGUGCCGCAGAUCACGGCAACUCGAGAAAGAAGCUUUUGCUCACAUUCGCCUGGGUUGGAAGCUUCUCCGUCAUGGCCUACAUUUUUGUCAACAAGACCACCUAUCUCCUGGGUGCUCUGCUGGCUAUUGUCUCGAACACAUGUUUUGGCGCCUCAUUCGUGCUCCUCAACUCAUUCCUGCCGCUAUUGGUUCGGCAUCAUCCGGAAGUCAUUGCCUCCGAGACUGUUCACACUCCCGACCUGGGACACUCGGAUCUGGAAUCGCGACCUCUCAAUGCUUCUUCCGUUGACGAAGACUCCGCCGCUGCUGAGGUUGAAGACCAACAUUCGCCUUUACUCGGUGGGCAUGGAAACGGGAACGGAAACGGAGGUUACCCUCUGGUUCGGAAAGCUACUCACGAGGAGCUCACUUCGGUCGAGCUCCAGCUGUCCACUCAGAUUUCCGCCAAGGGAAUUGGCAUUGGCUACAUUGCCGGCCUAUUCGUGCAGUGUGUCGCUAUCGCCAUAGCAGUCUUCACGAUCCCUGCUGCCAUGUGGCUCCGCCCUAGGCCAGGUCCACCAAUGCCCAUCACGUCUGGCAAAGGAAUUCGAGCUUGGCCAACCUAUGUGGCUAUGGCCUGGAAAUCGUUAUUCAACACUGUCCGGCUUGCUCGCCGCCUAAGAGACAUCGUUCUGUUCUUAUGCGCAUGGUUCUUGGUCAGUGAUGCGAUUGCAACGACAUCUUCCACGGCCAUAUUAUUUGCCAAAACACAACUCCACAUGAAGCCUUGGGCUUUGGGCAUGAUCAAUGUGAUCUCCACUAUAGCUGGUGUUAUCGGUGCCUUCAGCUGGGCCUUCAUUUCACGCAAGUUCCAUUUGAAGCCACAUCAGACAAUCCUUGUCUGUAUCGGUCUCUUCGAGCUCAUUCCGAUUUACGGACUUCUCGGAUAUUUGCCGAUUGUGCAGAGAUGGGGCGUUAUCGGACUGCAGCAACCGUGGGAAAUGUAUCCCCUAGCUGCUGUGUACGGAUUGGUGUUGGGAGGCUUGAGUUCAUAUUGCAGAUCGCUGUACGGCGAACUGAUCCCCGAGGGAAGCGAAGCUGCCUUUUACGCUCUAUACGCUGCGUCUGACAAAGGUUCGAGUGUUUUUGGGCCUGCAAUUGUCGGAGCCAUCAUUGAUCAAUCUGGUGAUAUCCGGCCGGCAUUUUGGUUUUUGGCGGCACUGGUUGGGCUUCCGGCGCCUCUCAUCUGGAGUGUGAACGUGGAGCGUGGCAAGCGGGAGGGUCAGAAACUUGCGGAGACUAUUGAGGGAUUCAAGAGCCUACAGGGCGAAACCGGCAGCGAGACAGAAGACAGCGACGACCGCCCGAUUCUCAGCGCUUACGAUGACGAGGAGGAAGAAGUCGAACACGAGCAUAACCGGACCAGGGGUAACUGA